AUGGAGCGGUCGGCGGGCAAGGAGCUCGCCCUGGCGCCGUUGCAGGACUGGGGUGAGGAGACCGAGGACGGCGCGGUGUACAGUGUCUCCCUGCGCAGGCAGCGCAGUCAGCGCCGGAGCCCGGGGGAGGGUCCUGGGGGCAGCCAGACCCCCACUCCCACUGCCGAUACCUUCCUCCACUACCGCACCAGCAAGGUGCGGGCGCUGAGGGCCGCUCGGCUGGAGAGGCUGGUGAGCGAGCUGGUGUCAGGAGACCGCGAGCAGGACCCAGGCUUUGUGCCUGCUUUCCUGGCCACCCACAGGGCCUUUGUGCCCACUGCCCGAGUGCUGGAAUAUCUGUUGCCACCACCGCCGCCCCCGCCCCCACCUUCCAGGGUAGAGAACAAGAAGACGGAAGGACAAGAUCUGAGCUUCAAUAAGAACUUGAGGGCUGUGGUAUCUGUGCUGGGCUCCUGGCUGCGGGACCACCCUCAGGAUUUCUGUGACCCUCCUACCCACCCAGACCUGGGCAGUGUCCGACUUUUUCUGGGCUGGGCAGCCCCAGGGAGUGCUGAGGCCCGGGAAGCAGAGAAGCUUCUGGAGGAUUUCUCAGAGGAGCCUGAGGGAAAGCAACAAGAAGAGGAGCUGCUUGUGACUUGGGCAGGACCUCCCAGGGCCCAGUCCCCCAGACCAGACUCUCCGGAGGGCUUCAUGGAAGAGGAGGAAGGGCCGAGGCGGGAAGGUCCCGAGCUCCUGGACUUCAGUGUGGGCGAGGUGGCCGAGCAGCUGACCCUUAUGGAUGUGGAGCUCUUUUCACGGGUGCGUUCCUGCGAGUGCCUGGGCUCGGUGUGGUCGCAGCGGGACCGCCCCGGGGCCUCAGGCGUUGCCCCCACUGUGCGUGCCACUGUGGCCCAGUUCAAUGCAGUGACCGGCUGUGUGCUGGGCUCUGUGCUCGGGGCGCCGGGACUGGCAGCCGCGCAGAGAGCCCAGCGGAUCGAGAAGUGGAUCCGCAUAGCCCAGUGCUGCCGAGAACUGCGGAACUUCUCUUCUUUGCGAGCCAUCCUGUCUGCCCUGCAGUCUAACCCCAUCUAUAGGCUCAAGCGCAGCUGGGGGGCUGUGAGCCGGGAACCGUUAUCCACUUUCAGGAAACUUUCACAGAUUUUCUCGGAUGAAAACAACCACCUCAGUAGCAGAGAGAUUCUUUCCCAGGAGGAGGCCACUGAGGGAACCCAACAAGAGGACAACCCUCCAGGAAGCCUACCUUCAAAACUGCCCCCAGGUCCUGUUCCCUACCUUGGCACCUUUCUCACGGACCUGGUUAUGCUGGACACAGCUCUGCCGGACAUGUUGGAGGGGGAUCUGAUCAACUUUGAGAAGAGGAGGAAGGAAUGGGAGAUCCUGGCCCGCAUCCAGCAGCUGCAGAGGCGCUGUCGGAGCUACAGCCUCAGCCCCCACCCACCUGUCCUGGCUGCCCUGCGUGCCCAGCGCCAGCUCAGCGAGGAGCAGAGCUACCGAGUCUCCCGGGUCAUCGAGCCACCAGCCGCGUCCUGUCCCACUUCCCCGCGUGUCCAGAGACGCAUCAGCCUCACUAAACGUCUUAGUGCGAAGCUGUCCCGAGAGAAAAACUCGUCCCCUGGUAGCAGUCCUGGAGACCCCUCAUCGCCCACCUCCAGGUGGGCUCUGUGUCCCCCCAGUCUGUCUCCAGGGUCCCCCCCAUCCAGCCCUAGAUCUGAGGACUGUCGUCUUGGACCCCCUGCUUCUCCAGGGCCCCAGGGCCCCAGCAGCAAGCUGCCCCUGGGCCCGGACCUGUCCCUGACCAGUCCUCGCAUCCCCCUCCCUGGGCAGCAGAGCUCGGAGGCCCGUGUGAUUCGCAUCAGCAUUGACAACAACCAUGGGAACCUCUAUCGGAGCAUCCUGCUUACUAGUCAGGACAAAACCCCCAGUGUCGUGCAGCGAGCCCUACAGAAGCACAAUGUGUCCCAGCCCUGGGCCCGUGACUACCAGCUCUUCCAAGUCCUUCCUGGGGACAGGGAGCUCCUGAUUCCUGACAAUGCCAACGUCUUCUACGCAAUGAGUCCAGCUGUCCCUGGGGACUUCGUGCUACGGCAGAAGGAGGGGACCCGGCACACACCUUCUGCCUCCACAAGCUGA